AUGGCAACGUCUCGAGCGGCUAAUCUUGUGGAGAAGGCCAUGAGUCACGAGAAAGCCGCAAUCACCACCGGUAUCACCAAUUACUCUGCCGAUGACUAUGGAGACCCUGAUCACAAGAUGAAAGCUCUCAUGUGGCAGGGGAAGGGUUUUGAGACAGUGAAACCAAAGAUCAUCGAUGAUGCAGAUAUCAUUCUGAAAGUGACUGGCAGCACGGUUUGUGGCAGCGAUUUGCACCUGCUCCAUGGCACUAUUCCGGAACUCCAAAAGGGUGAUAUCCUGGGCCACGAGUUUUGUGGCAUUGUCGAGAGCGUGGGACCCGGCAUCAAGAAGAUCAAGGUUGGCGACCGUGUCGUCGUAUCCUUCCAGAUCGCAUGCGGCGAAUGCUACUACUGCAAGCAGAAGCUCUCGUCUGUGUGUGAGCGGACAAAUGCGAACCAGCUUUCCAAUUCGAUGUAUGGGCGUCGGACGGCUGGUAUUUACGGAUAUUCUCACAUCACGGGAGGCUUCGCUGGCGGGCAGGCCGAAUUCGUCCGCGUUCCUUACGGCGAUGUGAACUGCCUCAAGCUGCCCGAUAAUGUUCCUGAUGAGAAAGGACUCUACCUGUCUGACGUGCUGUGUACUUCGUGGAACGCAGUUACUGAUACAGGCGUCACGCAGGGCGAUACGGUGGCCAUCUGGGGUGCAGGUCCAGUUGGGCAGAUGGCAGCAGAAUUCAGCUUCAUCAAUGGUGCCAGCAGGGUGAUAUUGAUAGACGGCGGGUUGGGAGCAUGGCGGCUUGACUUUGUCAAGAAGUACGCACCCAAACUCGAGACCAUUGACUUCACGAAGCUGCCCAAGGGUGAGACGGUCCGCACGACGUUGAAGAAAAUGUGUGACAACCGCGGGCCUGAUGUUGCGAUCGAAUGCGCCGCUGGCGAAUAUACACAAGGAUGGGCCCAUUACUUUGAAACCAUGCUGGGUAUGGAGACAGAUACGUCCGAGCUUGUCAACGAGAUGAUUACUUCUGUCCGGGCAUAUGGACGUUGCGGUAUCACUGGUGUAUAUGCUGGCUUCACAGGAAUCCGCCUGAUCGGUAACGGGCAGGCACCCAUACACAAGUACUGGGAGUAUCUCUUGCAGCUCGUCCAAGAGGAGAAGAUCCGUCCUCUAGACAUGGUGACCCACCGCUUCAAGCUUGACGACCUGGAGAAGGUGUACUCCCUGUUCAAUAAGCGAGAGCCUGGCCUGCAGAAGGUUUUCAUCCAGACGAAAUUCUCCGCACCCCCUUCAGCAGGCACCCCAGCCUUAACGGAGCUGUGA